AUGGGACCAUAUAAGGUAUGGAACAUUGGAAAAUAUGAGCAGGAAGAAGAGCCUUCAAACCGAGCUAGAGAACUAUCAAAUGAAAAUGAUCUGGCCCUCAGGGAUGAGGACCAAUGGGGGUCCAGCUCAUAUCACGUAGUUCAUGAAGAACCUUUGGUAUAG